GCAUCACAGGUAGCAGUUAGAAGAAAACAGGAAAAUUAUGUGCGGCAUUUGCAAAGAAGUUUAGUUGAUCGGCAACGUACACGUAGAAGAAUAUUGCAAAAUAGGGCACGUGUUUUAGGAAAUUUGAAUCCAACAGCGUUUAAUUAUGAAAAUUCAUUGAAAUAUAAUUUGCAGGCAUCAGUUUAUGGACAUUGUAGUUUGUGGACAUUGCAAAGCAUUCAAAUUCAAAAAUGAAACGGUGGGGUUAUGUUGUACUAAUGGAAGAGAUAAAUUGCCGGCAUUGAACCCACCUCCAGAGACAUUGAGAUCUUUGUUUUUGGGAUUUACAUCUGAGUCGAAGCACUUUUUGGCGAAUAUACAAAAGUAUAAUUCAUGUUUCCAAAUGACUUCGUUUGGUGCGACCAAUACCAUUCGUGUUAAUUUCAUUCCAACUAAUUUCGACGCAUAACAUAACUGUCAUCCGUCCUGAUGAAAGUGAAUUUUGCGAUCUUUGCAAAAAUUAUGUUCUCCUUUUUGAAAAUUCUACACAACAGAUUGAAGGGCGGAUUUACCAUAAAGUAGGCUCAUUAUUGCCAUUCGCUGAUGCAAACUAUCAAUUUUUGUAAAUUUAUUUUGUUGGGAAUUCCAAUAUUGAAGUUGAAUGUCGUUGCUCUACAAGAAUGAUAGAAAAGAGAUUACGCAUUGCGUAGGUCCGUUAUACUUGAAAAAUGUAAACAAACAAUUGCUUACGUCACACGGCGCAGUAAAAAAUUUGACAGCUAUAAAUUCGUGGUACCAAUCAAUGUGAAUAUAGAAACAAUUUAUUUUAACCGUGUAAUUUUGUAUUUAAAUAACAAAAUGAAGUGUGUAGUGAAAAACUGUGUCAAUGAUACAAGAAAUAAAAAUGUGAAGAAAACAUUUUUUAUGUUUCCGAACGAUAAAGGGCAGCAAAAAAGUGGAUCCAAUUUUGUAGAAAUAAUCAAGCAUUUAAGCCGAAAACAUGGCGAAUUUGCAUGGACCACUUCCACGAUGAAGACAUUAUUGGAAACGGGAGGUACGAAAUGGGCCUUGCCGCCAAAAGGACUUUUAAACCAGGAGCUAUUCCCUGUCGCUAUAACGUUGCAGCUAGUGAAAAUGAGCAGCGAGGCACCAGAGCUGAGCGCAGGGAAAAUAAGAAAAUAGUGACUUCACUGUUGAUAAAUGUUGACCAACCUCAAGAAGUGCGAGUACAGUGUAUACCUGCUGAAGAUUUUAACGUGACUGAGGAUUGUGCAGACCUUUCAAUGGAAAAUAGUUUGAAUGAAUUGUGCACUGAAGACGCUGCUAUUAAAGAAAGUUCAGGGCAAGGAGACAAAAUAAAAAUGCUAGAGAAAAAAGUAAAACUUCAAACUAAAAAUAAAAAACUUGAAGAUGAUUUUUCGCAUGCCAAGCGCAAACUUGAAUUUGAAAUAAGCGAGUUAAAAGUAAAACUAACUAAAUCUGAGUGAAUGUUGAAGAAACGUUAAAGGGGAUUUUUACGGACGGUCAGAUAAAAAAAUUGAAAAACGGAUCCAAAAGGCGAACUUGGACGAAGACUGACAUAGCCAACUCCAUUACACUAUAUUCUGCUAGUGCAAAAGGAUAUAGGCUUUUAAGAAGAAGUAAUUUUCCGCUUUCAGCAGUUCGCACGCUUCAGUCAUGGGCUCAGAAAGUGGAAAUAGACCGCGGCAUUUCAAAGCCGGUUGUUCAAGUUCUUGGUGAAACUAGGCAUAUGACCAAAGAACAAAAACUUUGCGUUUUAAGUUUCGACGAAGCCAAGCUAAGAGAAGUUUUUUGUUACGAUAAAGUAUCCGAUACUGUAUUACCACCUGUUAAAAAUAUUCAAGUCGGAAUGCUUAGAGGUUUGUGGUUUAUAAAAUACAUGCAAAUAUGUACUUUCCCUUACAUCCUGUGCAAAUACAACUUACAAUAUGAAAGAAUCCAUUUCAAAUCCAUUUGAUGUUGAAAUUGAAGGCGCUGCGCUGAAUUCACAGCUGGAGUUAAUAGAAUUGCA